UUCUGACUUUCUCUCUCCAGUCGGCUUGUUAUCUGCGAGUCGCGAACCCUAAUCUCUAUUCCUCCCUCACAAGUCGAACUCGAAGGCGCGCUCUCUUCUCGGAUUUUCGCGGUCGUUCACUCUUUCAGUUGCGCUUGUGGAAAACAAACGGCUGUGUUACAGUAGCAGACUGAUUUGACUGGUUUUCAUGGGAAGUAAAGGUCGCAUGCCACUUAAUAUGCGCAGGCCUCUACCAGGCCCUGGAAUGUUCCACCCAGAGCCUUACGGUCCUGGUAUCCGUCCGGCAAUUGGUGCCUUGCCUCAUGACUUGAUGCCUCCUCCAGAAAUUAUUGAACAGAAACUUGCUGCGCAGUAUAUGGAGAUGCAAACUCUUGCCACUGAGAACCAAAGGCUAGCUGCUACUCAUUCAGCUCUGAGGCAUGAAUUAGCUGCGGCCCAACAUGAGCUGCAAAGGUUGCAAACGCACAUUUCUGCUGGGAAAUUUGAGCAUGAGCAGAAGAUGAUGGCGAUGUUUGAUAAAUUUGGGAAGAUGGAGGCUGACUUGAGAGCUACGGAGCCUCUUAAGGUGGAGUUACAGCAAGCGCACGCAGAAGCUCAGAGCUUGGUUGCAGCUAGACAGGAGCUGAUUUCCAAAGUGCAGGAUUUGACCCAGGAUCUGCAGAAAAAUCAUGGAGAUGCACAGCAGAUUCCUUCUUUGAUAUCUGAAUUAGAUGCUCUUAGGCAAGAGUAUCAGCAUUGCAGAGCUACUUAUGAUUAUGAAAGAAAAUUACGAAUUGAUCAUUAUGAGUCACUUCAAGUUAUGGAGAAGAAUUAUGUUUCAAUGCUUGGGGAGGUGGACAAGCUUCAGAGGGAAUUGGUGAAUGCUUCUCACGCAGAUAAGACUGGGGGUCCUUAUGGUAGUAAUGUGGGUUACAAGGAGAGUGAUCCAUCCGGACAGCACUCUGCCGGCCAAAAUGCUUAUGAAGAUGGUUACAGAGCUUCCCAGGGUCUUGGACCUGCUGGCAGUACAGCACAAUAUGGAGGGGCUCCUGUUCGUGCCGCCCCUGCUCCCUCUCGGCCUGGAUAUGAUUCUGCCAGAAGCACUGGUUACGAGGCUCCUCGAAGUAUGGGAUAUGAUACAUCUGCUGCUCCGCACUACGAAACCUCGAGGGCCCCCAGUUAUGAGCCACCCAGAGGUUUGAAUUAUGAUGCUACCAGAGGUCCCGGGUACGAAGCUCAUAGUAUGACCGGUGGAGCACAAGGAGCUGCAGCAACUGCAAAUCCUGUUCCUCCUUACAUGAUGAAUCAGAUGCAGACACCCUAUGGAUCGGCGCAAGCCCCUGCAGCCUAUGGAGGACAUUUGCAAGCCACUUAUGGGACCCCGCAGGCUUCUAACCGCUCUAUAGGGGGUUAUGAAGCACCAGCUCGCAAUGCAGCUACAGGCGGCGGCGGCGGCGGCGGCGGCACAAAUCAGGGGCACAGAUGAGCAUCAGUUUUGAUUUAGCGACUAGUAUUGGUAUUUAUACUUUUGUUAUGGUUUGUCCUUUCAUGGAUUUGAUCAUGUUAUAUAUCUACUUCAAACUUCGCUUACAUUGCUUGAUAGAGCUUGCUUACCUAUCUGGUUUAUUUGAUUCUACUUCUUUAUUUUAUUGAAGAAUUGCCUAGUCUGAAACGAUAUUGUUGGAGCAUUUAUGUGCUUUAAUCAGAUGAAAUCAAAAAGUUGAACUGUACUUUGGUUUAAA